AUGAGCACUGCAUCUCCCUCGGUGGCCCACGCGUUUCCAUUCGGUUCGGCCGACCCGCUGUUUGACGACGAUAUCGCCGCUACGCAACAGUCCAUACUCGAAGAGCUCCAUACAAUCAGCGAAGAAGCGCUGUCAGCCAACUCGGAUCAUUCCGAGAGUCAUAUCAACAGCCAUAUAAUAGAUCAAUCCUAUGGUGCAGAGACACAGGGCGAGCACGACGGGAUCCAUUCGGACGCCAGCUCUUCCGGACUAUCCCAGCUCUUGAUGAGCCGAUUUGCGUCUCAGCAAGGUGCACAGCUAUCCAUACCAGCGUCAUCCGAACACAACAUGGAGCACUCGCCGGCUGCUCCGCACAUCGCCGAGAGAAGCGGGUUCGAACAGGAGGCACCAAGUCCUACACCGCCCAUCAUGGCGGAUGGCUCAGAAAUCACAUCACAGACAGCAGACGAUGGUACCAAUAGCAAUGUGGUAAAGAUCACACCUCUCCAAGCUGAUAUUGAGGAGAGCGUCGUAACGCUCGAAUCGCUGCCUCAACGAUCGGACCCACAAUCUGCCACACCACUUUCGUCGAGCAUCCUGGCGCCAACUCAGACUCUCAACACCACCCCAGAGCCUCCAGAUGCCGCGCCGAGCCAGAUGGACGCCUCAUUCGAAUUGGACCAUGCCGAUUUGUUCGAUGGCAUCGAACCAGACGCCUUUGACGACAUCGAACUCAGUCCGCCUACUCGCAGACAUGUAGCUCUACCGCUGAAAGAACCCCCUCAGUCACUAGCAGGUCUAGACUCUGGCCUCGAUUCAGAUGAGUUUAUCAAUGAUGAAUCACCGCAACUGCCACCAGGUAGUCAAACAAUGUCCUUCCUUCAACCUUGUUUCGUCGGCUUUCAGACCGGCCAUGGCAAGCAAGUGAAACUGAGCGACAAAGCUCUCGAAAAGGCUCGUAAGCUUAUGAUGCAGCUCGACGACACCACAGACUUGCUCCCGCCAGCGCAAACUUCUCAAUCAUCUCUACACAAACGCAUCCACACGACGGGAUCACUCCCACAAGCGUUGCAAUCUUUUGGCAAUGCACCAAGUAUGCUGUCAACGGUCACUCGGACGCCAAUGCAGGAGAUUGUUCCAAAGCAGAGAACCGCCGCCAUCAAUGAGAGCGAAAAGUGUGCGCUCGCAGAGGAAGACAAGGUCGCUUCAGUGCAAGCUACAUCCCAGGUAACCGCCCUGCCAGCGGCGCAGGCUCCAACUACUCGCCGAAUCGAGCCUCAUCCCUUCACGACUCCGAAGCAAACACGAAAUGGUCGGCUUCCCGUCAGACAGAACCUUGCGAGUCCGAUGCGCACUCCCGCUACUGCACCCGGCUUGCGUUUCACCACGCCACAGCCUAGCAAACGUAUCUCGCUCGGCAUGUUGCCCAGGGCUGAGAUUGGAGGCAGCAGCAGCACAGGCAGCAAGCGAACGCUGCCAAGGUUUGUAACACCAUUCAAAGGAGGCAAACGUCCUCGAACCGAGGAUCUGCAAGAUCUCGCGUCGCCUCUGCGUAGGCUAGACCGCGCCCAAGCCCAGAGCUUAUCCAGAGCCUCUCCAAUCUCGCCUCGACAGUCUUUCUCAAUGCGUCAGGCGUCAUCAAACAUCUCGAAGGGGUCCGCUGUCUUUUGCAUGCAGCAUGACGGUCCUCGCCACAAGCUAGCAGCCGUUGGCAGACCAGAAUACUACUCAUCGAUGCAGAUGAUCGCCAAAGGCGUCCCAGAUGAGGUGCUGGUGGUCCUUAAGGACGCCUCUCAAGCUGCACGCUACGCUUUUGAAGGUCCAGACAGUGCUUUGCUCAUGCAGCAGCAGGCGCUUGAAGAGCUUCACGCUAGGGGCUGUUCGAAUGCAGACAUGCCUUGGGUACAGAACCAUUGGACGCUCAUCCUCUGGAAGCUGGCAGCCAUGGUUCGUCUCGAGCCGAGCAGCGCAUCUAAUCGCUGGAGCUGGAACGAGCUCAUUCGUCAGCUGCUCUACCGCUACGAGCGCGAGGUGAAUUUGGCGCAGCGCUCGUGUCUCAAGCGCAUCCAGGAGCACGAUUCUUCAGCAGCAAGGCCGAUGGUCCUCAUGGUUUCGAAGAUCCUGGAAGAGGAGAUCGAGGUGCAGAGCCCGUCCGGAGAGAUUGUCUCGCGGAUAUGCACGAUCUUGGAGCUCUCGGACGGGUGGUACCGCAUCCUGGCACAGAUCGAUUCGGUGUUGACAAACGCAUGUCAACGUGGUCGCCUGCGCAUCGGCCAGAAGCUGGCUAUUAUGGGCGCUACGCUCGACGCGCACGGCGAGGGCAAAGAGGUUCUGUCCGCAUACCGCAUGUCGAAUCUGGUGCUUACCGCCAACUCGGUCUCAUUGGCACCAUGGGAUGCCAAGCUCGGGUUCGCGUCCACGCCGUUCUGCGCCAGUCUGCGAAGUCUCACUCCAGAAGGAGGGCUGAUCUCGCUGAUGGACGUUGUGAUUACCAAAGUGUAUCCGCUUGCGUACGUCGAUGUCGACAAGUCGAAUGCAGGUGCACCUCGUGGCGAGCAAGAAGAAGCAGAGCAACGAGAAGCUUGGCUUCAGAGACGCGAAGAUGCCAUGCAACAGCUGGAGCUCGAGGCGGAGGCCGAGCUUGGGCGAUUGUACGACCUUGUAGAGGCGCUCAACGACCUGGUGGGCGAUGCAUUCCUACCCUCGAUCCCUGACGAUCCGACUGGUCGACUGGAAGCGUUUGCCAACCAGCUUUUCGAUCAGCUCCGAGCUCAACCAAAUCCAGCAUCAGCAGUCAAGGAGAGAGUGGUCACAGCAGGGCAUACGAGUCUAGUUCCAUGGCUGCAUAACCUCGCCAAGAGCGCCUUGCUCCAAGAAGACGGGAUCCGAGGUUCUAGCCUAAGCGCCGAGCUGGACAGGUUGUGUCCGCCACGCAAAGUGCGUGAGUUCCGCGUGGUGAAAUUCAGAGACGCUCGUCUACCACCACAACCACCUGCAACUUGCUUGUCGACAAAGACACAGCAGGUAGGUGGUAGUGGUGCGACGUCUAAAAGGAAAAAUGCGUACGCUCGCGCAGUACAGCUCACUGUAAGGGACGCAGCCCAGCUGGGAGACGAGCUUCGCGAAGGCAGGCGCUUCUUGGUGACGAAUUUGGUGCCCAUGUCCAAAUCAGCUUGGAGGAAACCAGAUGACCAAGCUGAAGUCUUCCUCUCUACUCGGCGAGAUACAAAGUGGCGUCCUGUGGCCUAG